GCAACUGGCAACACUGGGUUUCUCCCCGAGCGCAGACGUGCUUUUUCAGCGCAGUUUUUCAGAUUUUUUCGAAAAAAUGGCAUCGAAAGCCUUUGCCAGCCCCAUUAUUCGUCAUGUAGCGACUAGGGGCUAUGCCCAAGCUGCGCCUGCUGCUUAUAAACAAGAAGCUAAAGUCCAAACAGCUGUUCUGCCGAACAAGACAUUUGUAGCUGCAUUGGACAACGGUUCACCAGUAACCCGUGUUACUGUUGCCUUCAAGGCUGGUUCCCGUUAUGAGCCUCAGACAGAGCUGGGCGUAGCACAUGUGUUGCGAUCAGCUGCCGGUCUCACCACCAAAAAUGCAAGCGGCUUCAUCAUUGCCCGUAAACUGGCCCAGAUCGGAGCCUCCGUCACAGCUUCAGGGGAUAGAGAAUUUGUCUAUUACACACUUGAGACCACUCAAGAUAACCUGAAUGCUGCUUUGGAGGUGCUGAACAACCUGGUGUCCAACCAGGAGUUCAGGCCAUGGGACCUGAGCGACAAUGUUCCCCGCCUGAAGUAUGACAUUGCUUCUUUGACUCCUCAGGCACGAGCUGUAGACCUCCUCCACAAGGGAGCCUUCCGCCGCGGACUCGGCAACUCCCUGUUCAUCUCGCCCAAGCGCAUUGGCAAGGUUUCCUCGGAGUCCAUGCAACACUAUGCUGCCACUACACUCACUCCUGGCCGCUGUGCCGUCGCCGUUGUUGGUGACUCACAGGAAAGGGCUGGGUUGGUAGCUCAGGCACUAUCAUUGAGCUCGUCUGGAGAUGCGCAAUCCGAACCAUCGGUCUACUAUGGUGGUGAACUGAGGAAGGAGAUGGGUGGUGACCUCGCGCAUGUGGCGCUGGCGCUUCAGGGCGCGCCGGCCGGCUCGCAGCAGUCGCUCGCGCUCGCCGUAGCCGCUAAGGCCCUCGGCAACGGCCCGGUCACCAAGUGGGGCGCGGACAACUCGCCCAUUGCAAAGGCCAUCGGCAACAUCGGGCCCUUCGCGGCGGCCGGCUUCAACGUGUCCUACUCCGACAACGGACUGUUCGGCAUCGUGCUCUCCGUGCCCAAGGAUGAGGCCAACUGUGCCGUGAAAGCCGCGAGCCAGCUCCUGAAGAGCGCAUCAAUUUCUGCCGACGCGAUCAACGCCGGCAAGAACCAGCUGAAGGUGCAGAUCUUAAGCGAGGCUGAGGACGGCACCUCCCUUGGCGAAUCCCUUGCGGCCCAGGGCUUGUACAAGGACAAUGCCAAGUCGCCCGCCGACAUCGCCCGCGAUAUUGACCAGAUCAGCAGCGCUGAUGUGUGCCAGGUAUUGGGUGCUGUCGCCAAGUCCAAGAUUUCCAUGGGUGCUGCAGGAAACCUCGCCUUUGUUCCAUAUGCUGACGAACUCUAAACAGCAUGCUACGUUAGAAUAUUAGAAAAUAAAAAGCCCACAAACAAAAAUAUUACCAAUACCCGUAUAGAGUAAAUUGAUUGUAUUUAAUUUAUUGUUUAAAAUAAAUAAAUCAUUUGUUUUA